AUGGCCAUACGUGUCUUGUACACGCAUCAGAUAACAUUCAGACCAUGCCCAAACAAUGGCGCUGGUUUGCUACUACUAUUGCCCGCUGCAUGCUUGCUCCUGCAACCGCUGAAGCCUGCGAGCGCCGAGGCCGACCGCGCCGGCGCUUCCGCCGUCCGCGCGCCUGCACCCCUUCUCUGCGCUCGCGCGCGAGACCCACAUCCUGGUGCUGCUGCUGCCCGAGGCUCCCCGUCGCCCCAUAGGCUUCGGCCGCCCCCGCAACGCUACUCCGUUCGCAGCAUCCCGACGCUCCUGCAUCGCCGGCGCCAAGCGCCCCCACGCGCGGGCGCCCGCUGGCUCGUCGCGUUGACGUCGCCCUCCUGGCCCUGCGCGCGCCUCCCCGUCCUCCUUCGCGCCUGUCCGCGCCGGACUGCCACGGCUGUCCGUCCAUGCACCGGCUGGCUCCAGGCCCCUGCCGGCCGCUGGGUACUCCGCGCCAGCCGGCUCCGGGCCCUCGCCGACUCGCCUCCGCCCCGUCGGUCCGCUGCCGGCUCCGUGCGCCUCGCGCGCCCCCCGCCGGCUCCGGCGCUCGCCGUGUGCGCCGCUCCUCCGGGUUGCUGUUGCCGCCUCCCGCGCGCCGGCUGGGUGGCUGCCACCGAGUCCGCCUCGCCUGGCGGGCCUCCCCCGUGCCGGCUACUCCUCCGCCCGUCUCCGGCUGCCCCGGGCGCCCGGCUCCGCCCGUCGUCGGCUCCACCGCGCCCGUGGCCGCCUGCUCCGGUCCCGCUGCACCGGCUGCGGUGCCCCGACGCCUCCCCGCGUCGGCUCGGCCACGCGCGUCCGCCUCCAUCCGACCUCACUGCCGUGUCGCCCGCUGCGCCAGCUGCGGCUCCCUGCCGCCUCACGCAGCACCGCCGGCUCCUGCGCCGGCCGGCCUCGCCGCGCCCGCCUGCUCCCGCAGCCGGCUUGCCAUCGGCCGGCUUCACGCACGCGCUGUGGCUCACCCGCCGGGUCACGCCCCAGCUAGCUGUUCGAGAAGAGAGAAGGCGCCGGCUGGAAAGAGUUUCCGGGUUAUGGAAAAGAAAGAAAAAGACAAAGAAAGAACAGAAAGUUGAAGAAAGACCCGGCUAG